AUGGUGGGCCUCGAGGUGGCUGAAGGGUUUGGGAGAAGAAAGAAGAUUUCCCUUUGGUUUGUGGGGUCUCUGCUUGUGGUGUCUGUCUUCAUCCUGACCAUCGGCCUCGCUGCCACCACCAGGACGGAGAAUGUGACCGUGGGGGGCUACUACCCAGGGAUCAUUCUGGGCUUCGGAUCUUUCUUAGGAAUUAUUGGCAUCAACCUGGUGGAGAAUCGAAGGCAAAUGCUGGUGGCAGCCAUUGUGUUUAUCAGCUUCGGCGUGGUGGCCGCCUUCUGCUGUGCCAUCGUGGACGGCGUGUUUGCCGCUCGGCACAUAGAGACAAGACCCCUCACCACGGGAAGAUGCCAGUUCUACUCCAGUGGGGUGGGAUACUUGCCCGACGUCUACCAGACGGAGGUCACCUGUCACUCCCUCAAUGGCAAGUGCCAGCUGAAGGUGAAGAGCAACACCUGCUAUUGUUGUGACCUCUACAACUGCCAAAGCACCGAGUACUCUCCCACCUACUAUGAGUUCGUGGGCGUGAGCGGCUGUCAGGAUGUGGUCCACCUCUACCGGCUGCUCUGGGCCUCGACGGUGCUCAACGUCCUGGGCCUGUUCCUGGGCAUCGUCACGGCCGCGGUCCUGGGGGCCUUCAAGGACAUGGUCCCUCUGUCCCAGCUGGCCUACAGACCCUCUGCUCCACCCCAGAUCCUCUACAACCCUGCCCAGCAGAUCCUGGCCUACUCCGGCUUCUGCCCGGCACCGGCGACCCUCCCCACCUGCUCGUCCUACCCUCUGCCUCUCCAGCCGUCCAGCAGCUUCCCAGCCUCGUCCUCCACUGACCUCUCUCUGUCCGAGGACACGCAGCCUCCGUCCCAGUCCAGCUCCAGCUUCGGGCUCCCGCCCAACGUCCCGCCUCUCUAUGCUCCAGCCCCUUUCCUCCCCGGGGAGAAGCCUCCCCCCUACGCACCAUGACAGGGGGGAGAUUGAAAAAGAACUUCUUUUUGGUUUGUUUUUUUAAAAAGCAGCCUCCACCACGCCUACUUCUGUGGCCAACCUCCUAGAGACAUCAGGAGAACGUUUCCGAAGUCUCUGUCCUCCUUCCCUCCCCGGGUCAAGGAGAGGCCAGGACCAGUGGUGAGGACAGAGCCCCCUCAGGUGACCCAGGCCUGGGCGGCACCUCUGCUUGGCCGCCUCACCCAGCGUGUAAACCAGAUGCCAAAUAGCACUACAAGUUCUACCUGGAGCCUCCUUGCUCUGGUAUCUGUCACCACUUACAUAAAGCUGAGUCCCAUUUCCCUACACAUUUCCAUCUCCUCUUAACUAGGUAGUUAUUACUAUUAUUUUACAAAGAGAACAUGAUCCUGGGGCAUCCAUGUGUGAGGAUCAUUUCAAAGGAAACGUGUUGAAUGUUUAUUUAUUUACGUGGGUCCCCCAGAGGGGGCAGGGUCUCCACUCCAGGGCUGCGUUCUCCUGCAUUUAUUUGCUCAAACGACAAGAUUCUCUGGCUCAAAUAUAAAGCGCUGAUUCCAAGGCCCGCGGUGACUCUGGUCUCUGUGCGCUUCUGUCUUUUACAAAUUUGC